AUGAAGCGCGCGCGCAGCUCCGAGGGAUUGCUCGGCGUGAGCCGGCUGCGCGCGCGCCGGGGCCUGGGUGCGCCGCUCCUCGCCGUGGCGGCGUUCGCCUACCUACUGUUCGUGUCCAUCAAGCUCGCUGGCCUCGGCGGCGCGGGGCCCGCGCCUGCUGCCGGCGGCCGCCGCCUGGCCUCCGCCGGCGCGGGCGAGCCGCUGCGGCGGCGGCGGGUCGACGAGCCGCCUGCUCGCGCGAGGGGCGGCGGGGGCGUGUCCGGGUACGGCCGCAUCACCGGCGAGAUCCUCCGGCGGCGGGAGGCCGUCGGGGCGCGGCGGGAGCGGUGGGGCCGGCGGCUGGGGAACUUCACGGAGCUGGAGCGCGUGGCGGCCGAGGCGUGGGCGCUCGGGGCCGCCGCGUGGGAGGAGGCCUCCGCGUUCGCCGGCGACGUCGGCGACUCCAUCGCCUCCCGCGACGUCGCCGGGGAGGGCGCUGCGGCCAAGUGCCCCGGCUCGCUCGCGCUCGGCGCCGGGGAGACCGCGGCGUUCCUGCCGUGCGGGCUGGCCGCCGGGUCGGCGGUGACGGUGGUGGGGACGGCGCGCGCGGCGCGGCCCGAGUACGUCGAGGCGCUGGAGCGGAGCGGCGCGGGCAACGGGACCGUGCUGGUGGCGCAGUUCGCGGUGGAGCUGCGCGGCCUGCGCGCCGCCGACGGCGAGGAGCCACCGAGGAUACUCCACCUCAACCCGCGGCUCCGUGGCGACUGGAGCGGUCGCCCCGUGCUAGAGAUGAACACCUGCUUCCGAAUGCAGUGGGGCAGGGCGCAGCGCUGCGACGGCACCCCUUGCAGAGACGAUGACCUGAUCGAUGGAUUCAGAAAAUGUGAGAAAUGGGAGCGGCAGGACAUAGUUGAGUCGAAGGAAACAAAGACAAGCUCAUGGUUCAACAGAUUUAUCGGGCGAGCAAAGAAACCUGAAAUGACAUGGCCAUUUCCAUUUUCAGAGGGGAAGAUGUUUGUUCUCACUAUCCAAGCUGGCAUUGAAGGAUAUCAUAUUAAUGUGGGAGGCCGCCAUGUUGCCUCAUUUCCUCAUAGGAUGGGAUUCACUCUCGAAGAUGCAACAGGUUUAGCCAUAACAGGGGGCAUAGAUGUUCACUCUGUAUAUGCAACAGCGCUUCCAAAGGCCCAUCCUAGUUUUUCUCUCCAACAAGUCUUGGAAAUGUCUGAAAGGUGGAAGGCUCGCCCUGUCCCAGAGGAACCAAUUCAUCUUUUCAUUGGCAUCCUCUCUGCUACAAACCAUUUCUCUGAGCGCAUGGCUAUUAGGAAAACUUGGAUGCAGUUUCCGGCUAUCCAAUUGGGGAAUGCAGUUGCCGGUUCUUUGUCGCGCUGCCACAGAAAGGAGAUAAACGCAGCACUAAAGAAGGAAGCAGAAUAUUUUGGAGACAUAGUAAUUCUGCCAUUUAUCGACCGGUAUGAGCUGGUGGUUCUGAAAACAGUUGCGAUAUGUCAAUACGGGGUGCAAAACGUCACUGCAGAUUACAUCAUGAAGUGCGAUGACGACACCUUUGUGCGUCUGGAUAUAGUAUUGCAACAAAUCACUACCUACAACAGAACCUUACCUCUGUAUCUGGGCAACCUGAAUCUCUUGCACAGGCCUCAAAGAAGGGGCAAAUGGGCCGUCACCUACGAGGAAUGGCCUGAAGCUGCGUAUCCCCCGUAUGCCAAUGGACCUGGCUACGUUAUCUCGGCCGACAUCGCGAGAGACAUAGCAUCCCGGCAUACAAAUCACUCCCUACGGCUGUUCAAGAUGGAGGAUGUGAGCAUGGGCAUGUGGGUGGAGGACUACAACACCAGCGCCCCCGUGCAGUACGUCCACAGCUGGAGGUUCUGCCAGUUCGGCUGCGUGGAUAACUACUUCACGGCGCACUACCAGUCCCCCAGGCAGAUGCUGUGCCUCUGGGAGAAACUAUCUGUGUGUUCUACUAGUAUACUCCUGCUUGUACGAGUCGAAGACGUAUUUGACAUCACGGAACUCCUUGUUGGAGUCGGCGCACCGCGCACAGCUGCUGGACCGGGGUGGGGUCUCCACGGCAAGAAAACCCGUGUGGUGUCCGGUGGUUUUGCCAAGACCUCCUUCCGUUACAAGCCAGAAGGCGAGCAAAAAGCGAAACUUCGGGGGUCGUCGAGGGUUCCGGAUCCUUUCCCUCUCUCUGCCCGCUCGCUACCCAACCGCCGCCGCCCUCACCGCCGGCGUUCUCGCCGCCAGCGACGGACGGCGCACACCGCAGGGGCCCAGCCCCGCCUCCCACCCGAACGUCUUCGCCGCCCUCGCCGGGGAGGCGUCGCCCCCGACCCCGACCCCACCCCCGCCCCGGCCCUCGCGCUCUAUUGGCACUGGACUGGCGCGGGGUGGCGCGGAGACCGGUCCCCGCCUCGAGAUCGUUCCGUGCUAUGUCGUUUUGGUGUCCCGAAUAGGCCCGUUGCUGCCUGGCCAGAGAUCCUUUAUGUAGGGUCAAGCUCCAAUCUGAUGGAUUCUGAUGACAAGAAGUUUGGAAACGGGCCAAGGGAGCUCACUGGUGCUGUUGAUUUGAUCAGCCACUACAAACUGCUGUCACACCAUGAUUUCUUUUGCAAGAAACCUUUGCCACUGGCAAUAUCAGAUACACAUUAUCUUCACAAUGUUGUGGGAGACACUGAAAUUCGCAAAGGAGAAGGAAUGGAGUUAGAUCAACUUGUUCAGAAUGCAUAUAUGAGGGAUAAACCUGCUUAUAUUCAGCCCUUUGAUAUGGAAACACUGGGGCAAGCAUUCCAACUUCGAGAAACAGCUCCUGUGGAUUUGCCCUCUACUGAAAAGGGCAUACCGACUAUUUCGGGUAAACCAAAAAGUGAGUCCAAGGACAAAGAAAAGAAGCAUAAAAAGCACAAAGACAAAGACAGGGACAAAGACAAGGAACAUAAGAAGCACAAACAUCGGCAUAAGGAUCGGAGUAAGGACAAAGAUAAAGACAAAGACAAGGAUAAGAAAAAAGAUAAAAGUGGUCAUCAUGAUUCUGAUUCAAAGAAACAUCAUGAAAAGAAGAGGAAGCAUGAGGAAACAGAAGAUUCAGCGGAUGUGCAUAAGCACAAGAAGAGUAAGGAGACUGAUGGUUUCUGCCAUCAAAACCUGUGCAGAAUAGUGGGUACCAUGAGUUGGAGGUCUUGA